AUGAAAUUUGCACAUUCAAUUGUAUUGAAUGCUGUGCCGGAAUGGCUUGAUAAAUACGUCGAUUAUGAUCGACUCAAAAAGAUGGUCUAUCAGGCAGAACGAGAUCAAGUCGACCAGCAAAACCAAGGUGCAAAGAGUCAGGAUGAAAAGAUUGAAAGCGGUUUGCAUGGUGAAAAGCAGAGCUUGGAAAUGAAUCAACGCCUGUCAUCUGGCUCAGAUCAGUUGGUCAUGAAGAGUGAAAAUGAAGCGUUUCUGCAAGAACUGGAUAGACAGCUGGAGAAAGUAACCAAGUUUUUUACUGCCAAAGAGCAAGAGUUUCUGCAGGAUGCUCAAGAGCUGCGCACCGAGUUCAACACGUUCCAGAUACCACUGCCUGACAGCUUCAACAACCCCAAUGCCACCAGCUUUGCAGAGACCAGUGCACUCGAGCGAUUGGACUCUGGAUUGCAUCAAACGCCCACAAGAGAUACUUACACCACGUUCAAUUCCUCUGUUGCUGGUUCUGAUCUAGAUGACGAUGAGCCAAGCGCCUCCACUGUUACUACUGCUACUGCUCCUGUGUAUAGCAAUGCUCAACUACGACACAGUACAACCGAUACCCUGCACGACCAACCCAAUGCCAUCUCAUCCAAUGAUUCAGACGACUCCAAGAAACUGAACUUGCCUCCAUUAGCCGAGAAAUUCUCAUCAGCCUAUGCUCCCACACGAUCCAACACCAUCAGCGCCUCCAAUUUUCGCUCUCGUCGUGGCUCUAGAAUCGAGAGAACACUGAGCCAGCAUGAUGCAAUGCCUGCCUAUGCCGAGGAUGUCUCUGCGAAACCUCCUACGCGUAUCAUGCAAGCCAUUGGUCUUCGUUUCCGUCGUCGCAGAGGUUCUCACGUAUCAAUGCAUCAAGCUGAAGAUGUCAAUGAAUUCAACCAGUACUACAAUUUUCGCGUGCGCUGUGCUGCCACCUUCAUUUCUCUGACAGAACUCAAAGCCUAUGCCAGCACCAAUCGCACUGCCUUUGACAAGAUUCUCAAGAAAUGGGACAAGGUGACCAACUCCAAUUUGCGAGAGGUAUACUUUGAAAAGAUUGUCGAUUCAUCAGACGCCUUCACACCUGAGAACUUCCAGCGUAUCGACACUGCCUUGGAUCAAGUGCUGAGCAUGUAUGCUGCUAUUUUCACCAUGGGCAAGAAGCGCAAUGCCGAGGUCGAGCUCAAGAUGCACAUGCGUGAUCACAUCCAGUUUGAGCGUACCACUGUUUGGAAAGACUUGGUCGGUAAAGAGCGUCAGCAAUUAGACGCUCAUGCUUCUCUGGCACAAAAGGGCAUCACAAUUCCAAAAAUCAACGUCUUUGUCAGUCGCAAAACCAUGUUCAAUAUCUUUGGGUUCAUGGUCAGCAUCAUCAUCUACAUUAUCCUCAUGUGCGUUGAUACCAUGGGCCAGUACGAAGCGAGUAAGUGUCUGGCACUGCUGGUGUUUGCUGCUCUGAUGUGGGCUUUUGAAUGUAUCCCUUUGUUUGCUACUGCCUUUUUGAUUCCACUGAUGGUGGUUCCUAUGCACUUGGUGAAAGAUAGCGAGGGCAACGUACUUGCAGCGUCCGCGGCUGCCAAGCAGGUUUUUUCUGCCAUGUUCAGUGAUACCAUCAUGGUCUUGAUUGGUGGUUUUGCUAUCGCUGCUGCCCUUAGUAAGCACGGUAUUGCUAAAGCCUUUGCUGCUACAGUACUGAGUAAAGCAGGUUCUAGGCCUCGUUGGGUGAUUUUGACAAACAUGUAUCUGGCUACCUUCCUCAGUAUGUGGAUUAGUAAUGUUGCUACCCCUGUGCUGUGUUUCUCUCUGGCUGACCCCAUUCUGAGAACGCUGAAGCCCAACUCCAAGGUGGGUCCCUGCUUGAUUAUGGGCAUCGCUCUUGCGAGUUGUAUCGGUGGUCUGGCAUCGCCUAUUUCAUCUCCUCAGAAUAUCGUUACCAUCAAUCUGAUGGACCCCAAUCCUGGGUGGGGCAUCUGGUUUGCUGGUGCUAUUCCUUGCGGUGUGAUCACUGUGCUCACUACCUGGUUACUGCUGCUCCUCUAUUUCCGUCCUGAUCGUGAUACACCUCAUUUGAAUGUCAUUAAAUCUGCCGGUUUCAGCCGUCCUUCUUGGUCUCAACUGUGGGUCUGUAUCGUCUGUUUGGCUACCAUUGCUCUCUGGUGUGCUGAAUCCUCCAUGAACGAAUUCUGGGGCAAUAACGGUGUCAUUGCUGCUAUUCCCUUUGUACUCUUGUUUGGUACCAAUAUGCUUAGCAAGAGUGAUCUCAACAACUUUUUGUGGUCUGUAGUGACACUGGCUCAAGGUGGUAUGGCGUUGGGUUUUGCUGUCAGUAGCUCUGGUCUGUUGGAUGUCAUUGGCCAUCAGAUUGCUAGUAAUGUCGAUGGUCUUCCCGUGCUGUCCAUCAUCUUCAUCUUUGGUAUGCUGGUCUUGGUGUUUGCUACCUUUGUCAGCCAUACCGUCGCUGCCUUGAUUAUCUUGCCUAUUGUGAAGCAAGUGGGAAGUCAGUUGCCCGUGCCUCGUCCCAAUUUGAUGGUCAUGGUGGCUGGCCUUGUGUCUUCGGUGGCCAUGGGUCUUCCUGUUUCCGGGUUUCCAAAUAUGAAUGCUAUCAUGCUAGAAGAUCCCACUGGCAAACCUUACUUGACUAUCAAGGAUUUCUUGUUGUGUGGUGUGCCUGCGUCGUGUGUCGCUGCCGUCAUUACCAUUUGCCUUGGCUACGGUAUCAUUUCUGGCGUUGGCUAUUAA